GAUCAGCGUCCCCAAAAGAAGGCAAAGAUGUCCACAACCUCAACGACAAGCUCUCAAGAAGUGAGCAGUAAUGAAUGGGAGUUCAUAGACAUGAGCGAGCAAGAGGAGGAUCUCAUUCGCAGGAUGUACGGGCUAGUUGGUGAUAGGUGGAAUUUGAUAGCUGGUCGCAUUCCAGGUCGAAAAGCAGAAGAAAUAGAGAGAUUCUGGAUUAUGAGACACGGCGAUGCUUUCUCUGUUAAAAGAAAUGAACGUAAAACCAAAGACUGGUGA